AUGUUUCUUCUACUAAUUGGUUUGGUUGUUGUCUCAUAUACAACUUAUAAACUAUAUCAAUAUUGCUUUCCUGCACUAUGGAUCAACCCAAAUAAUAAACAUGUAUUAGUAAGUGGGUGUGAUACCGGGUUUGGUAAUUGUCUUGCAUUAGAAUUAGAUAAGCAGAAUUACAAUGUAUUUGCAGGCGUAUAUAAAGAUGAAUCAGUUAAAACAUUAACUGCAAAACUUUCAUCAAAAGCAACCGUAUUCAAAUUAGAUAUAACAAAGCAACAGGAUAUUGAUGCAGCUGUUGAGUUAGUCAGACAAAAAACGCAAUAUUUAUACGGACUAGUUAAUAAUGCCGGUAUUAUUAAAGGUGGACUCAUUGACUGGCUUCCAUUGUCACAAUAUCGUGAAGUUAUGGAAGUGAACUUCUUCGGCCAUGUUGCUAUGACAAAAGCAUUUUUACCUCUGUUACUAAAACAAUCUGACAGCCGCGUAGUAAACUUAUGUUCUGUUGCUGGUUUUCUACUUGGUCCUGCUCUAUCGGCUUACGGUGCAAGUAAAUUUGCGUUAGAAGCAUUUUCGGAUUGUUUACGGCGUGAAAUGUCUGUAUGGGGUUUGAAGGUUUCAGUUAUUGAACCAGGUAUUAUGCGUACACCACUUAUAGAUGGUCAAAAAGAAGCACAAGAACAAUUGUGGGCUGAGUUGCCAGAUGAUGUCAAAGAAAGAUGGGGUGAUUCAUUUCUUGAACAUUUUAUAUCGACACAGAUAGACAGUGUAUUUAGUAAACAUGCGGAAAAUCCAAUGAAAGUCGUACAAUCAAUUCAACAUGCCCUGUCGAGUACAAGACCUUGCACUCGAUAUCGUCCUGGUUGGCAAUCACGAUUCUUUUUUCUGGUAUCGAUAUUGCCUGCAUGGAUUUGUGACAUACUAUUGAAACUGAAAUAUAGACAAGGGGCUGAGUCAGGUAGCAUUCGCAGACAAUAA